CGAAGACUCCACAAUCACAAUUCGCAAUAUUCCAAUUCAACUCCAUCCCCACCACCACCAUCACAAUUCUCAGGUCAAACUCCCGCUUCAAUUCUUCCAUUUCCCCAAAACCAAAAUUUGGGUUCUUCGAUUUUUCAGUUCUCUAUGGUAAUUCUGAUUUUGAUAAUUUCAUAAUGGGAAAAGGAGGCGGGUGUUUCCCCAGCAAAAACAGACCACCACCGGUAGUUGAAUCGGAUCCCGAUUCUGCUCAGAAUCCGGUCGAUAAUGACGAUGAUGAUUCAGUUCCAAUUGAAACAGUAAACCCGAUUGUGGAAAUCAGGAAAUUGAGAAUUUUCAUAGUGUUUUACUCGAUGUAUGGGCAUGUUGAGAGUCUCGCAAGGUAUAUUAAGAAAGGAGUGGAGGAAAUUGAUGGAGUUGAAGGUGUUCUGUUUAGGGUUCCUGAAACGCUGUCGCCGGACGCUCUCUCGGCGAUGAAAGUACCGGCGAAAGGCGAUGAUAUUCCGGAGAUAUCGGCGGAGGAGUUGGUGGAGGCUGAUGGGUUGUUGUUUGGGUUUCCGACGAGGUAUGGGAGCAUGUCGGCGCAAAUGAAAGCGUUUUUUGAUUCUACAGGUGGGUUGUGGAAGGAGCAGAAGCUCGCCGGAGUUCCUGCCGGGUUUUUUGUCAGCACCGGCACGCAGGGAGGCGGCCAAGAAACAACCGCAUGGACGGCAAUUACACAGUUAGCACACCAUGGUAUGAUAUAUGUUCCGAUUGGGUACACAUUCGGAGCAGGAAUGUUCAAAAUGGAGUCGGUCCGUGGAGGUUCUCCAUAUGGUGCGGGUGUAUUUUCGGGAGACGGGUCAAGGGAACCGAGUGAAAGGGAACUCGAACUUGCACAACAUCAAGGAAAAUAUAUGGCUAUGAUGGUGAAAAGAUUUCAACCCGACACAAGAAAUGGUUAAGAAUGGAAUCGAUUAAUACAUCUUUUUAUCUUAUACACCAUUUUCCAACUAUUGAUUUGGGCAAUGGUUUAGUGAGAAUUCUUUUGUCGUUUCCAUUUUCAUUUAUCUAUCGCCCCAAUUUGUUGAUUGAUUUGUUUUAGUGCUUAUAGUUAAAAACAUUUGAUGUGGAAAGUUGCAUUGUGUAAUUAUAUUAUGAGUGAUAUUUUAGAGAAGUGUUUGUGAUUGAA